UUGAGAGUGAAAUGAGCCAUCUGCCAUCUUGCGAGUUGCGAUUUUGCUCUAUCCUAUUUCAAUAAUAAAUAACAGUAAUUUUUACUUCAAUACUCUUCGAUAUUUUAUAAUGAAAUUGUCUUUUUAUUUUGUUAAAAUCAUUUGGAUUGUGAAACUUCCAAUCGUAUCUUAGAAUUGUUGUGGUCGGUUCAUUUCCAGAUCGAUUUAUAGGAUUUUUCAGUGCUUCUUCAGUGGGCGUUGAGUAGAGAUAAAAUGGCACUCCGUCAAUCAAUUAUUUGUCAUAGGAACUGAUUUAUAUUUUUUAAAAUUUUAUUUCAAGAAAUAAUAACUGUCCAAUAACUUGUGUUGCUGAUAGACACCCUUCCUAGGCUCACUUGCUUUGCUGCCAGCACUGGAAAUCGGCUAAAUCUCUAGAUUUCCCCUGCAAUUCUUGGAUUAAGGUGUUUACCAGAAGAUUCAGUUGUGUGUGUGUGUUUGCCGGGCAGCCUGAUUAAAUCCUUGUCCUCCAAUUUUCCAAGUUGUCCAAAUUUGGUUGAAGAUCUUCGAAAACCUUGAGAAAGCCACACGCCGAGGCGACAGGACAAUGAUGAACAACUACUAUGAUAGAGGAGGAGGCGGAGGCGGCGGAGGAUACGAUGGAGAUCGUUCACGGGACAGGAUGAUGAGAGGAGGAAGAGGAGGAGGAGGAGGAGGGUACGAGGACAACCGAUCAAGAGACAGGAUGAUGAGAGGAGGACCAGCAGAUCGAGACAUGUGGCAAAGAGCGGUUGACGACUUCAUAGACGAUCGACGCCGCGACAGAGACAGGAGUCCGCUGAGAGAGAGGGGCGACUAUCGAGAGAGAAGACGUGAAGGUAGGAGAGGGAGAGAGUCCCCCGACGACAGGAAUAGCAUGGGCAGCGGUAGGUACAACCGGGACAACUCCAAUGACUCGUUCCGGGACUACAACAAUGAUGACUCGAAUAACAGUCGGGAGUGGCAUCAGAGGAAACGGUGGAGUAACAACGACGAAGACAGAAAAUAUUCUCGAGGGGGGGACCGUAGUAGACAUGGUGGCGAUGGAGAUAGGGAUAGGAGCAGGGAUUAUUCUAGGGAGAGGGAGAGGGAGAGGAGAGAGGAUAGUGAUAGAGGUGGACGUGACCGCUCGUCCAGUGAGGAUGGCUACGAUAGCUCCGACACCAGGGACUCGGACUAUUCGAGAGGUCGCUUCCGGGACUUUGAUAAGAUGUCCUACAAAGACCAGGUCCCCAAUCGAACCAUAAUCAUCCGUGGCCUAGCCCAGCAUAUCACUGAAGGAGAUAUCAGGGAGGAUACCAUCAAAUGUAAGCUAGUUCCCAAGGAUAUUAGGUUGAUUAGGAGGAAACAUACGGGCACUUCUAGAGGGUUUGCAUUUGUUGAAUUUUUGACGAUUAACGAAGCGGUGUCCUGGAUGGAAAUGAAACAGGGCGAGUUGAUGUUGAAAGAUCAUUACAGGGCGGUUAUGCAGUAUAGUUUGCAGAGAGUGGAGAACGGGCGAGAGGUUAGGAUAUCUGACUGGCAUUGUGUUAGAUGUUCGGCCCACAAUUUCAAGAGGAGAGAUUUCUGUUACCGGUGUAAUUGUACAAGGGUAGAGGGGGAGUUGAUGGAGGGUGUGGAGGAGGUAUGUGCACACCCAACCAAUACAGUUUUGUUGAGAGGUUUAGAUGCUUUAACCACUGAGGAAAACGUGUUGAAAUGUAUACAAACUGUAUCAACCCUCCCAAUAAAAAGUGUUAGGAUUGGUAGGGAUCCAGUGAUGAAUACUUCACGAGGCGUGUGUUACAUUGAGAUGAAUAGUGUAGUGGAGGCCGUGCAUCUACACAAUUCUCUUCUUUUGAGUCCUAUCAAGAUCGAUAACAAAAUUCCUGUAAUCUCUUACAGCAGGUUGAAUGAAGGGGGUAAUGGGAGGGGGGGUGAUUCAUUGGCUUCGGCAGCUAUUGCCGCUGCCCAGUGGAGUCACCAGAAAGACAAGGAUGAGAAAGAGGAUACCACUAGUGUGAUUACUGUCCAGUAUACUUUGGAAGAUGUCCCCAAACUUGCUGAUUAUAGUGCGAACCUGUACGCGAAAUCAGUAGCUGAGAAAACCAAGUACUUUGCUUAUUAUCAUGAUUAUUACACAAAAGCUAUAAAGCGCGGGGAGCAGAUAUCGUUGCCUUCAAGUGCUACCGUUGCAGCACAAGCGCAAAAUGAUACGGCACCCCAUGACGCUGUAUCACUAGCUGAAACACCCGCUGCUCCGGGGCCGGCAGUUGUAUUAGCUCUGACCAGGUGCGCUCUAUCCGACGCUCCUGAUGGCUCAGGGGUGCAUGUGUAUCCUAUCCCUGAUGUUAGUACCUACCAGUACGAUAAAACAUCUGGCUAUUACUAUGAUCCCUAUACAACCCUGUACUACGACGCCAACUCCCAGUAUUUUUACAACCAGAAGCUACAGAAGUUUCUGUAUUGGGAUUCGGUAAAAAGUACUUAUUUGCCGGCUCCUACUGUCGGUCAGCAACUCAAAACUGAGGGGGACAAAGAGGAGGAACAAAAGAAGGCGAAAGAGAAGGAGAAACAAAGCGAGAAGGAUAAGGUGAAGGUGGCGAAAAGAAUCGCGAAGGAUAUGGAGAAGUGGGCGAAAACUCUGAAUCAUAAGAAAGAAAUUGCUAGACAGAAUUUGGUGUCGCAGCAAGCAAACUUACCGGCGACUAAAACUCAGGGAGCGGCCGAUAUUGGGUUUGCGGUCCUGGAGAGGAAAGAUUUGGCGCCCCGCAGUAGUAUGAUACAGGCUGCCGAGAGAAGCCCGGCAGACAAUAGUGGAUUGGUGGCGGCCUAUGGUCAAGGUAGCGACAGUGAAGACGAUGGAGCUAAUGAUGCACAGGAGGAUGAGAAAAAGCUGACAGACUGGUCCAAGUUGGCGUGUUUGUUGUGUAAGAGACAGUUCCCUAGCAGAGAAGUGUUGAUAAAACAUCAGCAGAUGUCAGAUUUGCACAAACAGAACAUGGAAUCGUGGUAUAAAGCUAGAGGGUUGGACCCGACCGAUGCACAGACUCGUUGCCAGCAGUACCGUGACCGUGCCAAAGAACGUAGGCAGAAAUACGGUGAGCCUGACCAUCCGCAACCCAACCGCCUCAAAGAGAACUACAUGAAAGCUAGGCAGGCGACGAUCAGCUACGAGGAACCCACCAAAAUGGGGCUGGGUUCGGACAAUCUAGGAAACAAACUGCUGCAAAAAAUGGGUUGGCAGGAAGGUAUGGGCUUGGGUAAGAAGAACCAGGGUAGGACGAGCAUCAUUGAGACAGAGAGACGGUCGGCGUCCGCAGGCCUCGGCACCAAGUCGGUGGGCGUUGUACCUGGGCCGGGCGAAACCUACAAGGACUGUGUCAAGAAGAUGAUGAAAAUCAGGUAUCAGGAGAUUGAGGAGAAUACAUCGUGAUGAGGAGCAAGGCAUAAGAUUUCAGUUUCUGGGAGAUUAUCGGAUGAAUGAAAUUCGUAGAAGCUAUUCGAUAAAAGCUAUCUGAUAAACGAAUUCUCUCAAAUAUAUGAAUUAUGCUUUCCGAUGAAUACAUUUAUGAGAGUAUUCUGGAAAAUAAAUACUCAAAAGAGUAAUUUACAUAAUUUUUAUCUUUGAUUUUGAAUAAAAAAGAAUAAUUAUAUAGUUUUGAUGUUCGAUAAUUCAUCAUAUAUAAUAUUGUUUUUAAGCGAAUUCUUAUGAUAAAAAUAACUUGUCUGCAAGUUAUUCAAGAUAAUCUAUCAGAAAGAGCUGAUUUCUUCUAUAUUAUCAAACUUAGAUCAUUUGGAAAUGUGGGAAUGAUUAAGUUAACUGGUGUUCAAAAGAUACAUCUUGAGGGUUAUGAAAUAAUUGUACUUUUGGACAUCUACCUCAAAUAUUGUCAAUCAAUUUAAAAAUUGAAUUAUUGUGAAAUACCUCUAGAACUCAGAGAAGUACGAGAAUAUUAUAUAAUUAUAAGACUGGAGUGUGAAUGAUUCUUCGAAAUUUGUAAUAUAAUGUUAAAUGGUCAAGAUUUUCUAUUUGUUUGUUUAAUGGGACGUGGGACAGAUUUGUUUUAUAGGACAUCAAAAUUAUUCGAAAGAAAUGAAGCAUUUCUCUUGGUGAUUUGAUUGAUGUGUCUCUUCCAAGAUUGUAAAAAUUUGUUAAAAAACAAACUGAUUCUUCAUGGGGACUAUAAUCUAACUAUUUAUGUACUUUUAGAAUGGUUGUAAUGUCACAUUUGUAAACAAUUUCAAAUGCCAACUUGGUCAACUCAAUCUUUAGAAAUCAAUAUGGAUGUACAAAUCAGUUGUAUAGGGAACUUCUGAUUAUUCUUUUUCAAUGUCCUAAUAGUAGAACAGCUCAAACUGGUACGUUUGUUUUAAUACGUAUAUCAUAAAUAUAUACAUAUAGGCUUCCUACAAUCAUUAAAGUGUAUUCCUCCCAAAGGCAAUAGAGAUGUUGGAAUUGCAGUAGUAGUAAGUUGAGUAUUCCUAGCUUCCGUGAAUCUGAACAAUUGAAUUCAGGAAUUCCUGUAGUUUUCUCUCUUUUAAUUGAGAUUUGAUUGAUUAUAUUUGAUACAGUCUUUCUGUGCACUAAAAAUAUAUUUGUAUGAUAUUACAAAAUUUAGUCCAGUCAAUAUAGAUAUAAAACAAGGGGUAUGCUUGCAAUUUAUAUUGUAGUUCUGACUUUUCAAUAUAUUAUUUGGAUACCAUGAGAAAAGUUCAGAACCAAUUUCUUUAUGCAACAUUUCCUUGUACUAGAUACAGAAUGGUCCAAAAACCUAGUAUAUCCGGUUCAUUUUCCAGUUUUCGGCUAUUUCUGCCAAAUCCAAUAAACGGACACAGAAAAUUUGCUCUAGCCUUUUUUCAGAUUAUAAAAUUAUGAAUAGAUUGUGAUCAUUUGGAACUCUCUAUCUCCAAUGAGUACUGAGCUAUGAUUUUUCAAAAAUGAGUAAAAUUUUAAGAAAAAAUCAAUUUGUUGAAUUUCAGUUUUUGGUAACAAUAUCUUCCGAUUGUUACAAUUUAGAUGUAUAAUUUAAAAACCCUCUGGGUGUAAUUUUGUGCUCUACAAUCUGAGAUCAGGUAGAGCGCUCUAUCUCAUAUAGAUUUCCAAGUACACCUGACAACAAUGAUCCUUGUAUUGUGAAAAAAACUAAUUUUCAGCUUCAAUCAUCAUCACCAACUACAUUGUCCUCACAUUGAUAUUUCGCACAAUGUCAUAAGUUCAUGAGUUUAUGUUCUAUGAGAAUCACCCGUUAGAUGCACUUCAUUUCAGUAUUUUCUAGUGGAGAGGUACGCAUAAGGACACCUCAAGGAUCAAAUUCUGAAAUACUUAAUAACUUUUGACAAUGCUCAGAUUUUAUCGUACUAUACUUCAUUCUCGGCUCGUCAAGGCGGUCCAAAAUCAUGCAUCAUAAGUCAAAUUCGAUCGAAAAAUGGAAAAUUUAUUGUUAAGUGUACUCAAGCCCAUAUUCCAAUACACAAAAAAUGGCAUAAUGGAAUAUGAUUUACGACGCAUGAUUUUGGACCGCCUUGACAAGCCGAGAAUGAAGUGUAAUUAGGUGAAAUCCGAGCAUUGGAUCAAAAGUUAUAAGUGUUUGAAAAUUUGAUCCUUGAGGUGUCCUUAUGCGCGCGCGCCUCUCCACUAGGAAAUACUGGAAUGAAGUGCAUCCAACGGGUGAUUCUCAUAGAGCAUAAUCUCAUGAACCUAUGACAUUUUGCGAAAUCGUGUUUGGAAAUUUUGCAUGAAUAAAUUGGUUCUGGACUUCUCUCAUGUAUCCAAAUAAUACAUUAAAAAAUCAGAACUACAAUAUAAGUUGCAAGCACCAAUGUAUAUAGUGACUGGACUAAUUAUUGAUCUCUAUAAUAUUUUUCUAGUCGAUUAUGUCUAUAUUUCAUGCUCUUGACGCAUGAUAUUAAAUUUAUUUUAUUUUACAUUUAUACUUUGAUAUAGCCUUUCAUGAAUUGGCGCAGAAAAUACUUGACUUUGCCAUAUUCAAUGUUCAACAGUAAUAAUAAAUAGUUAUUUACUGUAUAUAAAUAAUAAUAAAAAAUCUGAGAACUACACCAUUUGAUGGUACCUAUUGAUAAAUAAUUGAUAUACUGUAUCUACGUACAAUGAUAUUAUAUUCUUUAAUAUUCUUCGUCAGUUACCUUUUCAGUUUAGCGUUGGCUGGGAAAGUUCAACUUGAUAAUUUCUUAAUACACUGUUAAUAUGUGAUAAAAUUAUAUUUCAAGGAAUUGAGCUAAUCGUUUGCUGUUUUAUUGUUUAGAAUUCUAAAUUAAUAGAACUCUGUUAUGUAUGGGUAUUCUAGAAAAUUGAGAUCGAAUUGCAAGCAAUUCCAAACUGAAUAAAAAUACUGAACAAAUUGCAUUUUGGAAAUGUCUUGUCAUUCUAAAAAUUAAAUUGCUUUUGAACUCUGAUAAUUAUCAAUGAUUGUUGUAGCUAUAUUUUGAAAUUAUGUUUAUGUUAUCAUAUAUGAAUAAUUAUAAGUAUAUUUUUAUGCUAUAGCUAUGAUGUUUGGAUAAUAAUAAUAAACUUAUUUUAAUGGCCAUUGGAGUGGUAGCUUUUACUUAAUGUUCAUUUUUCUAUCUCAAUCUCACAAUUAUUGUGUAAUUGUAUCAACAAUGAUAAUUAUUUCGAGUAAUCAAUUGAGUAUUUUGAACAAGUGAUAUGCACCUCGAAUUUUAAGUGUUAGUUUUAUAUCACCCAUGAAUCAACUAUUUUUCAUAACUUUACAGUUGAGAAUUUUCAAAUUACCUAGUCAACUCAAUAUAUCAUUUCGAAGAUAUUAAUUCCACUCUAUUAAAUUUAAUUUUAAUAUUAAUUGUAUUAGUAAUUUUUUCAAAUACAAUUAUAUUCUUCAAUGGUACAUUUUUUAAGAUAUUCUGCAAACUUUUUGAAAAUUACUUUCAUGUAACAUACAGCAGCGAUAUACCAGGUGACUUGGUAAUUUUACUAUCAAUUCUCAAUAUUAUAAUAGGCUUGAGCCGCGAUCACACCAAAGUUAUUAAAAAAAUGUUAAUAACACAAUCCAUAUAGAUUGUAUUAGAUUGAACGAAACUUGACAAACACAUAAUUAUGAUCAUCAUGUGUAUGAUAAGUUAUGUUCAAUCUAAUAGAAUCUAUAAGGAUUAAGUUAUAAACAUUUUGUUAAUAACUUUGGUUUAAACCCAGCUUUAGUAUGAUAUAGGCCUAAUAUCAGGAAUGAAUUAAAAGAUGAAGCAAUACUCUUAGUGAUAUUUAUUAAAAAACGUCAUCAGUAUAUUAUAUGAUAUUAGUGGACAAUUAUUAUUGAAAAGAAAACCUACUAGUGUAUUGCAUUUGAAUAGUGUGAAUAGAAGUCUGGCAAUAAACGGUUCUGUGUAUGUGUGUGACUGGUUGAAUAGACGUUUAAAUCUGUGAUACGGUAAUAUUGAAGUGAAAAAAAUGCCAAUUUGCGAACUUGUAAAUAGAAUUCAGUUGAAAAGGUUUUUAAAAUGUAACCUGUAAUUUAUACACAGUCUGAAAAUGAUCAUCCAUCAUUUGAAUCUAUCUAUCUAUAGUUAUGAGUUUACUAGUUUGAGUUGAAUUAACUGAGUUCACUAGAAUGUUAUAAUUAACUUAGGAUCGACUCUUGUUUUGUAUAUUUUCAAAAAUAAAAUAGAAUUGGAAAAUUUGGUUACAAUGGCAAUAAUUUUUGAAUUGAAUUCUAAAGCUAGCGUUUCUAAGGUGAGAUAAAUUCAAACUGUCAGCAUUGUUUUUAUGAGAAGCGUUGCAUUUGGUGUUUUAAAGAAUGCUGACUGUUCAAAGUGAAUUCUUGAUACAACCUGAAACAUUAGUUGAAAGUUUGAAUUCCAAUAAUAAUACUGUUUGUUGUGCUUCAGUAUGAGAAAUUUAUAAAAUAUUUUGAUGAUCUAUCAGCUCGAUUCACAGUCCUCACUAUUUAUGUUAUUCAACAAUUCUCUAUUACAUGACUGAAGGAAAAUUUAAUGUAACUUACGUUUUAGAUAUGCAAAUAAGAUAAAUUCGAAUAUGUAUAACUUAUUUAGUCUAUACAUAUUAACUUGUAUUACUUGUAACUAAUUAAUUCAUAUAUUUUCGAAAAAUAUAAUACUCUAGAAGAUACCGAAUACAAUCUUGGUUUCUUUAUGUAACAAAUCAUGAUAUUAAUUUAUUUUAGAUUCAUUUGAUAUCAACAAUAUAACUUGAUAUUACGUACAUUGAUAUUAGUGCAGCAAUCAAGUUGAAUGAAUGUAAUUUGAUUACAUUAGUAGGGAUUUCAAUAAAAUGUUGACCCUGAUUACGGGUAUUUUUAAUUCAUUGAAAAUCUUACUGCCCGAAUUAAUAGUAAUAGCACAAUAGCGGUCGUGCUUAUUAGUGUAGUAGGUACUCACUUGAAUUAAAUGCAUUACUAGGUAGUCUACCGUAUUUAUUUUUAAAUCGCGCCUGUAGAUUGUAUUUAUAGUGAUAGCUUGAUGUAGUAUUUGUAGUUUGGGUAGCUUAAUUGUAUUUCUUGUUGCAAAUGUAUGUUUUUAUGGAUUAGUUAUAUGGUAGCUUUUAUCAUCUCAUUGUUUGGUAAAUUGAUUGUUUUGUUUUUUUUUACUAGUGGCUAAUCAUUCUAAAAUUCUAAUAUGUGUCUUUUAAUAAUAUUUUCCACUUUUUCACAUAAUCUUCUUGCAAUAAUAAUAUUCUUAAUCGCGGUGUAGAUAUUGAAUAUUUUAUUGAAUUCGUUGAUAUUUUCAAAUCAACUCAAUAGAAUCCAAGUAGGCCUAGGUAUUGGAUUAUGUUGGGUUGUUUUUUUCUACUUGCAAUGCAAUCUAAUUUUGAUAUCAAUUUAAGAAUAGUUUUCAUUAACACAACUGUGAAAAUAUUCCAUCAUGUAUAAAGUAUUGAAAACUCCUACAUUUUAUAUGGGCGGAAAGGUAAUUAAUCUUAUCUUUAUAAAUUCUGUAUAAUUUACUGCGGGUUAUCAUUCUAUUACUAUCCAUUAGUUAAUGUGGGCUAUAAUUUUAAUAUUAUCUCUCUACCAACUAAAUGGUUCAUUAGAUUUCUUCCAACAGUGUGAGCAACUUCACAUAUUGUGUGAGUCUGAUAUUGAAUUUGAUAUUGUAAAUGGCUGUUGAAUGUGUUGUACAGUUGUAAAUAAAAUUUUGUAUUUAA